UGUAUAUGAGUACAACAACGUUUCGUCCAUUUUUAGGAGAUCCCCAACCCCAGCACCAACCCUUUCUUCAGCGAAGACCAUUUUCCCUUUCUCAUCUUGUAAAUUAUUAGGUAACAGAAAUCAAGAAAAACACACUGCGAGAUUUUGAGCGUGUCAAAAAGAGGACCAAGAAUCAUGGCUGUGGUUGAAUCAACCAGUCAAGAUUCAGCUGUUGUUCCAUCAUCAACAUCACCGGCAUCCAACGGACAGAAUCAGCCAAAGCAAAACGGAGUUUCGAUGGUGAUACCGCACGAUCAGGGCUUUUACGUCAGUGGUAACACGCAGAACGAUCAUGGAUCCAACGGUGGGGGUGAUUUUAAGCAUGAUAUAAGGGAGUUACAAGAGCUUUUUUCCAAACUCAACCCGAUGGCGGAAGAAUUUGUUCCUCCUUCACUUGCUAAAACUAAUGGAUUCAAUGGAGGUUUCUUCACUAACAACUUGCAUCUUUUUCAUCAUCAAAACACCGGAAACGGAAAUGUUAAUGCCGACGCCGCUGUUCGACGGAAGAAAAGCUUUGGCCAAGGAAAACGGAGAAUCAACAGCAGGACUGGUAUGGCCCAGCGGGAUGAGAUAAUUCGGAGGACUGUUUAUGUAUCUGACAUUGAUCAACAGGUCACUGAAGAGCAGCUCGCAGCUCUGUUUGUCAGUUGUGGUCAGGUUGUUGAUUGUCGUAUUUGCGGUGAUCCUAAUUCUGUGCUUCGUUUUGCCUUUAUUGAGUUCACUGAUGAAGAAGGUGCAAGAGCUGCUUUAAAUCUGGCCGGAACAAUGCUUGGAUUUUACCCUGUCAGGGUGCUACCUUCUAAAACAGCUAUUGCCCCAGUUAACCCAACAUUUUUGCCCAGGAAUGAAGAUGAACGUGAAAUGUGUGCAAGAACUAUCUACUGUACAAAUAUCGAUAAGAAGGUCAUUCAAGCAGAUCUUAAGCUUUUUUUUGAAUCAGUCUGUGGAGAGGUUUAUCGCCUGAGGCUGCUAGGGGACUAUCACCAUUCUACUCGAAUUGCUUUUGUGGAGUUUGUAAUGGGCAUAAUACAGGACUUUCAGGCUGAAAGUGCAAUUGCUGCUCUCAACUGUAGUGGUGUGGUUCUUGGUUCAUUGCCAAUUAGGGUAAGCCCAUCAAAGACGCCUGUUAGGCCACGUGCUCCUCGUCUUCCUAUGCAUUGAAUCAUCCUAAUGGUCCGGACUGAUUCUAGUACCAGUUUAUAUAUAUAUUUAGAUCCAUACACACCUUUGUAAAGAUGUUCUCAUCUCUGGUCUGUCUGUGUUAUAUUUACUUUUGUCCGCGGCAUCUCUGCCUGGGAAGUUCAUUGUCAUAGGGUUUAUGUUUUGUUUGUUCUGCCAAAUAUAGAGUUGGAUGGUACUUCGAGGCUAUAGUGAUUUCAUAUAUUAUUGCUCGUUGGUAUGGAAUAGAUGGUGCUCGUUCCAAACAUGGGCUUUUAUUAGUAACAGCUGACAUUUUAAACA